AGGCAACUCUGAAAGUCAUGUCUCAUAUCACCUCCGAAGAAGGAUCUAUACCAGAACCUCGAGAUUAAAACAACGCAUCUGGUUUACUGUUAUACUUUGGACUUAUUUGCAGACACGAUGUGCGACACUGGUUUCGAACUUAACCAGGCUCUAGAGCGGUCUGAUGGAUUUGGUGUUAAUCUCGAAAUGAGCUCACAGCGCCCAUUUAAGCGGGAGGGAUCGUUGUGUGACCUGCACUCUGGGAUUAAGCUGGAGGUGACCCUGCACCCUCACAACAUGCGGCAAGUGGUCAACCUCAUCAUCGCCACACACAGGAUCAAGAACAACCAAAGGCUGAAUGGCACAGAGUUCAGCGACCAGGAGCUGCUCAGCAUCAUGCUGGAGAGUGUUGUUGAAGAGUGUGUGGUGAAGGACGUCGUUGACCAAACACAGAGCAGUGACACUGUAUUCACCAGCCUGAGCCGCAUGGAGGAGUGCAACGUGUGCGACCAGUACCAGAAGAGUCUAGUGCUGAAUGAGGAGGGUCUGGAGCUGCAGGCCAUGUGGCUGCAGGGCGGCACUUUCUAUCACAGAGUGAGACUGAACCUGUCGACAUAUGUGAGUCCGAGUCUCCCGGGUGGCUACGCUCAGCCCGUCGCCCUGGGCAUCGCUGGGACCAACCUCUACCUGUCAUGCUCCAUGAAGCAAGAAACGCCCAUUCUCCAGCUGGAGGAGGUCAGCAAUAGCUCCAAGCUGAAAAUCAUCAAUGCCCAAGCUGACAUGGCACGCUUCCUGUUCUUCAAGAGGGGCUCUGCCCUGACCAUGACCAGCUUCGAGUCUGCCAAGUACAACGGGUGGUACAUCAGCACCGCUAAGGAGAACGGAGAACGUGUGGACAUGUGCACCAUGCAAAAUAGCAGUCGUCUCACAUCCUUCAUGGUCAAACAGGUGUGAAACCUUUUUUGUUUAUUAACUUUCCAGUGCCUAUGUAUGUAUGUACCAAGUACAACUACCCGCUGCGCCUCAUCGCUUUGAUGUCGUUCGGCUGAAAAAUACCAACCGUUCAAGAGCUAACGCACUUCGCCACUAGGUGGCGAUUUAUUUUAAUUCGCAUAUCACAUAUUAUUUUGUACAAAACGAAUUGUUUUGUUCUCGUUGCAAAAACAUGCUAAUGCAAUGGCUCUCUUCUUUAGAUGAAUUACGAUGUUAAAAUGCAAUGUGUGGCUAAUGAGAAAUCAUAUUGAAUUCUUGUUCAUUUAAGAUAUCGUUGCCCGUGGCUAACAGUGAAGCACUUGUUAUGUGUAUCUAUCCGGUGAAUUUUUGUUACACUAUAAAAUGUAAAAGUAGUGCAUUUUACUGGUUAGGAUGAAUCGCGUGAUGCAUUUUAUGCACAUCGUGUAUUUUAAUUGUGACUUAUUUAAUUUAUUUAAAAAUAAAAUGAAGACUACAGUA